AUGAAGGGAGAGGAGCAGUGUCUUUUUCGAUAUUAUGAGAUUCUUCCGCUGGAUUUUGAGCCCGAAUACAAACUGGGAUAUACAUGUGAUAUGUGUUCCAAGGACUUUUCGAAGACGCCUUUUUUCCAUUGUGCACAAACUGGACGAGAUUUAUGUAUGGGCUGUGGUGAGAAUUUGGCUCUGAAUCAGUUUUCGGCUCUAAUAGGCAGGAUGAUGGCUCCGAAUAUUCUUUGGAAGGAUUCACAGAAGGAUAUUAUAGUUGUUUUUUGUUAUCAGAUACAAUUUGAGUAUUUUGGUUGUCAUUUCUCUGAUGGUUCUAACCUUCUCAUUGCUUGUGAGGAUGAGCUUCCAAGUUUUUACAUAGAAGUUGGUAUUAGUCUUGAAAAGGCCACAACUCUGCGUAAAGUUGAACUAUUAAUGCGAUUUCCAUGGUCAAAUGAAGCAUUAAAAAUGAGUGAAAGGGAUUGCAUUUGCUUUCAUCGAAUGACAAAGUGCCCUGAUCGUCCCCGCCCGUGUUUUUUAACCUCUUUUCGUCAGGAUGGCUUGUUUAUAGAAUUUUGCUUCUCUGAUGGUUUUUCGGAGAUUUUACAUUGUGGUGAGGGUGUGGUUCUUGUGGUUAAAGGGCCCUUUGUUAUUUCAUGUUUGGUGAUGAAUUUACCAUUACGUUGGGGCAAGUCAUUACCCAAGGCUGCUGCCUCUUUAUUGGAGUGGUUUUUGAGCGGUGAAUAA